AUGAGCGGAGCUGGAUAUGGCGCGUACAGUCAAGACUACGAGGAUUAUCGAGACCAGGACCAAGCAGAUUACGACGUGGAUGACUAUGAUGAAAUCACGCAGGAGGAUUGCUGGACGAUCAUAACAUCGUUUUUCGAUGAAAAGGGCCUUGUCAGGCAGCAAUUGGACUCCUUUGAUGAGUUUGUACAAAAUACUAUGCAAGAAUUGGUGGACGAGAGCGCGGAUCUUAUUCUAGAUCAGAGCGACCAGCAUACGGGUGCCGAAAACGACGCCACUAAACGCUAUGAGAUUCGCUUUGGCCAGAUUUACCUCAGCCGGCCAACGAUAACUGAAGCGGAUGGUAGCGUUGUACCUGUAUUUCCUCAAGAAGCUCGCUUGAGGAAUUUAACUUACUCAGCGCCUCUGUAUGUCGAUAUGACAAAACGUGUCUUGCAUGGUUUCGAGGACGAAAAUGGAGAAACUCAAUUUCGGCCUGAAGGGAAUGGGUUGGAGGAACGGGCGGACAAAGUUUGGAUAGGAAAGGUCCCUAUCAUGCUUCGCUCUGGAUUUUGCAUCCUUAAAGGCCUUGAGUCGAAGGACCUCUAUGAUUUGAAUGAAUGUCCCCUUGACCAGGGAGGCUACUUCAUUAUCAAUGGUUCCGAGAAGGUUUUGAUUGCACAGGAGCGGAUGGCUGGAAAUCACGUUUAUGUGUUUGCCAAGGCCCAACCUUCUCCCAUCUCGUUCCUUAGUGAGAUUCGGAGUGCGGUCGAAAAAGGCGGCAAGACGAUAAGUACUAUGCAGGUGAAGAUGUUUCAUAGGAAUCAAGAUAAAACUCUUGGGAACGUAAUUCGAGCAUCUCUUCCUUACAUCAAGAACGAUAUUCCAAUAUGGGUUGUUUUUCGCGCACUUGGGGUUACUUCCGAUCGUGACAUUCUGGAACACAUCUGCUACGACCGGGAUGAUACUUCAAUGCUCGAGAUGCUUAAACCGUGCAUUGACGAAGGAUUUGUGAUCCAGGAGCGUAUCAAUGCACUGGACUUUAUUGGGUCACGUGGAACUACGACGGGUUUGAACAAGGAAAAGCGGUUGCGCUAUGCACAGGAGAUUCUACAAAAAGAAAUGCUGCCACACAUCUCAAUGGCAGAGGGCUCUGAAACUAAGAAGGCCUUCUUCUUUGGGUACAUGAUUCACCGACUGCUUCUUGCUGCGCUUGAUCGCCGCGAACUUGAUGAUCGUGAUCACUUCGGUAAAAAGCGCCUGGAUCUAGCGGGACCACUGUUGGCUAGUCUCUUUCGUAUGUUGUUCAGGAAGCUUACCAAAGAUUGCGUCGAAUCGAACCGCGAAUUCCAGCUUCGUUUGGCAGUUAAGGCCAAUACUAUAACCAAUGGCCUUAAAUAUUCCCUUGCCACUGGCAACUGGGGCGACCAAAAGAAGUCCAUGUCGGCUAAAGCAGGCGUGUCUCAAGUGCUAAAUCGAUAUACCUUUGCGUCUACACUCUCGCAUCUCAGACGUUGCAACACCCCACUCGGAAGAGAGGGCAAGAUAGCCAAGCCACGUCAAUUACACAACACCCAUUGGGGUAUGGUCUGUCCUGCAGAGACUCCAGAGGGACAGGCAUGCGGCCUCGUAAAAAACCUAUCGUUGAUGUCGUGCAUCUCUGUUGGAUCUUUGUCUGGGCCGGUUAUCGAGUUUUUGGAAGAGUGGGGCUUGGAGAGCCUAGAAGAGAACGUGGCAACCGGCAACUCUGCUUCUGCGACCAAAGUCUUUGUGAAUGGUGUCUGGCUCGGUAUUCACCGCGACGCUCCUAACUUGGUCAAAACCCUACACCGAUUACGGCGCAUGGAUCACAUCAAUUCGGAAGUCAGUAUUGUUCGCGAUAUCCGCGAGAAGGAACUCCGUAUCUACACUGAUGCAGGCCGCAUCUGCCGACCUUUGUUUAUUGUCGACGAGCAACAGAAACUCACCCUCAAAAAGAAGCACGUUGAAUGGCUACAGAAUGGGGUCGAUGAAGAAGGCCAGGAAUUCAAAUGGAAGCAAUUAGUCAAGCAGGGAGGAGGGUAUGUUUCCAACGUGAACGAUCCCGAUUGGGAUCCAUCUGGCACCGCGCGUGUCAAGAGUGUACCCAAUAUCCACACUUGGACACAUUGCGAGAUUCAUCCCAGCAUGAUUCUUGGUAUUUGUGCGAGCAUCAUCCCAUUCCCGGAUCAUAAUCAGUCGCCCCGUAACACUUACCAAUCCGCUAUGGGUAAGCAAGCAAUGGGUAUUUACCUCACGAAUUAUCAAAUUCGUAUGGACACGAUGGCGAACAUUCUAUACUAUCCCCAAAAGCCACUUGCAACGACUCGAUCAAUGGAAUACCUAAAGUUUCGAGAGCUACCCGCCGGUCAAAAUGCCAUCGUUGCUAUUCUCUGCUACAGUGGCUAUAAUCAAGAAGAUUCAGUCAUUAUGAAUCAAAGCUCAAUUGACAGAGGAUUGUUCCGUAGCAUGUACUAUCGAAGCUAUAUGGAUAUCGAGAAGAAGGCUGGCGUCUUAAAUUUGGAGGAGUUCGAAAAGCCCACCCGAGAUACCACACUUCGCAUGAAACACGGUACCUAUGACAAGUUGGAAGCUGAUGGCUUCAUCGCACCUGGAACUGGUGUGACGGGUGAAGAUAUUAUUAUCGGCAAAACAGCCCCCUUGCAGGCAGAUAGCGAAGAGCUUGGACAGCGCACUCGUAGUCAUACCAAACGCGACGUUUCCACUCCGCUCAAGAGCACAGAGAAUGGAAUUGUUGACCAAGUGCUUAUUACGACCAACCACGAGGGUCACAAGUUUGUCAAAGUUCGUGUGCGUUCGACACGUGUUCCACAGACUGGAGACAAGUUCGCUUCCCGGCACGGUCAGAAGGGUACAAUUGGGAUUACCUAUCGCCAGGAAGAUAUGCCCUUUACUGCUGAAGGAAUUACGCCCGACUUGAUCAUCAACCCACACGCCAUUCCUUCCCGAAUGACCAUCGGCCAUCUUGUCGAGUGUUUACUCAUAGAUUCGGUAUCUCAACUCUUGCAGCAAAAGGGUUACCAAUCACGCGGCCUCGAGGUCAUGUAUCACGGUCACACGGGGAAGAAGCUACAGGCGCAAGUAUACUUUGGUCCAACGUAUUAUCAACGCUUGAAGCACAUGGUAGACGAUAAGAUCCACUCUCGCGCUCGUGGUCCUGUUCAGAUUUUGACUCGCCAGCCAGUCGAAGGUCGUAGUCGUGAUGGAGGUCUUCGAUUUGGGGAGAUGGAGCGUGAUUGCAUGAUUUCUCAUGGCAUUGCCGGGUUUUUGAAGGAGCUCUAUUCGAGGCUAGUGAUGCCUAUAGGCUGCAUGUCUGUGACAUCCAUUGCGAACUUAAAGAAACAGACGUUUGAGUGCCGAGCCUGCAAGAACAAGGUCGCAAUAUCGCAACUGCACAUUCCAUAUGCUGCAAAGUUACUUAUCCAAGAACUACAAAGUAUGAAUAUCGCGGCACGGCUGUACUCUACGUCCACUGGGCGAGUCCGAUGA